AUGGCCACAGGUGCCAGUGACUGUCCGGAGAAGAGCCCCCAGUACCGGGUAGACCACCUUCUCAGCGCCGUGGAGCCUCAGUCGGGCAGCGAGAAGGGGGAUCCCACGGAGCAAAAUCUGAAAGUUUGCUUGGACGAAAACGAAUUGUGGCAGAAGUUCAAGGAUCUCACUAAUGAAAUGAUAGUUACCAAAAACGGAAGGCGGAUGUUUCCCGUGCUAAAAGUUAAUAUCUCCGGGCUCGACCCCAACGCCAUGUACUCCAUCCUGUUGGACUUUGUGGCCGCCGACAACUACCGGUGGAAGUACGUUAACGGAGAGUGGGUCCCCGGUGGCAAGCCCGAGCCCCAGACUCCAAGUUGUGUGUACAUACAUCCCGACUCGCCCAACUUCGGAGCGCACUGGAUGAAAGCUCCGGUGUCCUUCAGUAAAGUCAAACUCACCAACAAACUAAACGGGGGAGGCCAGGUCAUGUUAAACUCUUUGCACAAGUAUGAGCCACGUAUUCACAUCGUGCGAGUCGGAGGCCCGCAGAGGAUGAUCACGAGCCACUCGUUCCCGGAGACCCAGUUUAUCGCCGUCACGGCAUAUCAGAACGAGGAGAUCACUGCUCUGAAAAUCAAGUUCAACCCAUUUGCCAAGGCAUUUCUGGAUGUCAAAGAGAGGACUGACCACAAGGACUUCCUAGAGGACCCCAGGGACAGCCAGCAGCCCACUUACUCCCAUUGUGAGUGUGUGUAUGGCUGGUUUCUGCCCAGCACCGGGUCACGGUGCCCCUCCUCCAGCCCCCAGGGUCAGGUCGGGGGGCCCCUGUCUCUGUCCUCCCCCCACAGCUGUGAAAGAUACUCCCCCCUGCGAAACCAUCGCUCUGCGCCCUACUGCAACCCUUACACACCCAGAACCAGCUCUCCUACUGGCUCCAGUGACAGCACAUCCUCCCACCCCUCCCUGCUGCCCUGUCAUGAGAGCUGGGGCCUGCAGAUGAACUCCCACCCCUCCCUGCUGCCCACAGCACACAGCGCCCCUCCUGGGAACAACAGUCAGUACACCAGCCUAUGGUCUGUCAGCAGCCCCUCCCUCCCCCCAUUCUCCCAGUCAGGAGGGGGCUUGGCUAACUGCCUGGGUUCCCAGUUCCUGUGUGGCUCCUCCUACUACCCCAGCCUGGUCACAGCGCCCCCCUCUGGCUCUCCGCUUUAUGACAGCAGCCUGGACCUGCAGGACAGCGGCCAGUACGACAGCUCUCCACACACACACCACACCUCCGCCUGGACUCCUGUCAGUCCUCCCUCUCUGUGACCCUGGAAAACUCCUCCUCAUGCUCCUCUUCCCAAACACCACAACCACCACAGGCUUGUUCUGGUCCCACCACAAACACUUUCUUC